UUGAACUGUCUUCAAACCCUAAUGAUCUUCAAAGCCUAAUGGAUUCAACUCUUCUCCGUUUUGCAUCACUACUACCUCUACUUUCUCUCACAUCAUCUGCAAACCCUAAUUCCGACUACAACAGUUUGGUAUACACAAAAUGUGCAAAUCGAACAUUUGCAACUCCCCCAACUAAAUCGCAAGUCCCACAACAAACCCUUUCGUCUCUUUUGCAACAACUAACAUCACACUCCUCCCAAUCCAAGUUCUACAGGCAUGCCGAAGCCGGCGUAGACAACAACGAGGCGGGUAUUUCCGGCCUGUUCCAGUGCCGGCAGGACCUCAGCAAGGAAGAGUGUCACAGCUGCGUCAACACUCUCCAUAACUUAUCGAACACCUUGUGUCAAGAAUCAGUUUCGGCUCGUGUUCAGCUGCAUGGAUGCUACGUGCACUACGAGCUCGAUGGGAUCGACUCAGAGCCUUCUAACGAUAGAUUAAUGCACAAGACUUGUGGGGAGGAUUUCGCAAAUGGGGUGGCGGCGGUGUUCGAGGAGAUGAGAGACGCUGCGUUUGCUGCCUUGGAGAGCGGCGUUGCGGACGGUGGUGGGUUUUGCAAAACGGGGUAUGAGGCGGUGCAAGUGAUGGCGCAGUGUUCCGGGGGCUUGGGGGGAUGUGAGUGUGGAGAGUGUGUGGGUAGGGCGGUGCAAAUUGCAGAAGAGGAAUGUGGUGGCGCUGUUUCUGGGCAGAUUUAUUUGGAGGAGUGCUUGUUGAGCUAUAGUUAUCAUCCAGAUGAGAUACCAGAUGAGCACCCACAUGAUCCAGAAAAACAUAGAGACGGAGAUGGAGGAAAUGGGGGAAAUGAAUCGGUGGCAAUCGUUGUGGGAGGAGCAGCUGCUUUGUGUUUGGCCUUCAUUUUUUUCUUGUUUGUCAAGUCGUGGUCAAAGAAAGAAGAUGACUAA